AUGAACGGCCUCCUGUCGAGGGCGACCGUGACCGCAGUGGGGCUCCUCUGCAAGACGUUCUUGAACAUCGGGUAUUGUUCUUCCGUAAAUGUCAAUGGCAUCGAGAACCUAUACGAGGCACUUGAGAGCAAUGAGCGGAAUAACGGCCGAGGCGUCAUCACCGUCGCCAACCAUAUUUCUACACUAGACGAUCCCGUUGUUUGGGGUGUUCUUCCAUUUCGCUUCUACCUUGAUUCGCGCAUGAUGCGAUGGACACUUGGAGCGUCCGAUGUAAUGUUCACAAACCCAAAGGGCCAGAUUAUCGAGACGUUCCGAGGUAGAGGUAUAUACCAACCCGCCGUCGACACUGCAAUCGAAAAGCUGAAUCAAGGUGACUGGAUCCACUUGUUCUGCGAGGGUAAGGUGAAUCAGCCUGCCUUCAACCCUCACGAGGAUCCCACACGACUUCUUAGAUUCAAGUGGGGUGUCGGCCGCAUUCUCAUGGAAUCCAAUAAACCUCCGGUAAUCAUACCGAUGUGGCUGACUGGCUUCGACCAAUUGAUGCCAGAACGCCGACAAGCACCGUGGAAAUUCUUCCCGCGACCGCGCGCUGCACUCACCAUAACCUUCGGAGAGCCCAUCAGCAUAGACGAGCUUCGCGAAAGGCUAGAGGGCAUUGUCCGCGAGAGGAAGGAACCUGCAGCUCCUAAGACAACUCGUGGUGGCAUGAUUGCCCCAGAGCGACCGCGGGACGAGCGGACGAGCGCGCUGACCGCUGCUAGUCGCUGGUUGGGUGGGGCGGUUGCGCCAGAGAAGAACGGUCAGUCUGGCCAGUGUAAUCCUGCACUAUACACGGUGGAUCAGGUUGCCAGCAUUCGGAGCGCUGUGACGGCGCUCGUGCAGGAGAAGGUUGAAGAGCUUGGGAGGGAGGUGACGAAACGCCAAAGGUCGAAGUGCUGA